UGGCUUAGCAAGUUGUGUUAGCAAAUAUGCAGAUGAUUUGAAGUAUAGGUGCCAUAUGAAUGUACGUUUUGCUCUUCUUACUUUGCUUUCGUACCUUGCAUAUUCCACGGAAAAUCACCAAACCUUUAAGAAGACUAAAAAGGUCUAUGCAAGUGACGCUAUCCAUUGAAUUUAUCAACGAUCGAAUUAUUAAGGAAAACUUUAACAAUAAAUUCAUAACAUCUUAAUGUAGAUGAACAUUGAGCAAAUAUGCAGAUGAUUAACAUUGUAAGUGCCAUAAUAAUUCAUACAUAUCUUAAGGCUGGUACAGAGAAACUCAAAGAGAAUGUUUUACUUUAUCUUUCACACAGAACCACCAAAGCGGAAGAAGAAGAAGAAUGAUAGGAAGAAGAAUAAGAACUGAUCGAACUACUCCAGUGAUUGCACUUACUGCGAAGAAAUCUUAUUAUGAUAAAUGAACUUAUAAAAAAAUUCAAAUCAAUCAAUUUAUGAGGAAUGUUAAAAAGAGAGCAGAUGAUGUCGAUAUCGACACAUAGACGGAGUUUAUGCUAAACAAUGAGAAAAAAGAAGAAAGAAAAAACGCCAAAUUAUAAAAAAGCCAACUUAAAAAACUGCUCUUUUUUACAGGCUUCGCCUGAUAAACAAUGAUCUGCUUAUAUCCCAGUGGAUUGGACCCGAUAUGAAAAACGCGAAUCAAUAUAUCGUCCAUAUAGAUCAGACAACGUUAGGACUGCCAACCAGGGAAUAUUUUACCGAUCCCAAAAAUAUUAAAUACGUCAGUGCGUAUAGGACCUUAAUUAUGGGUACUGUUCAGUUACUAGGAGCUGAACUAGUAGACAUAGAAAAUGACGUGAACGAUCUGAUAGACUUCGAAACGAAAUUGGCAGAUAUCAUGGCAACAACCGAAGAACGAAGAAACGUUAGCGACAUUUACCUUAAGACCGACCUGUCGUCCAUGACCUUGUUUUUUCCACAAUACGAGUGGAAAACCUAUUUUGAUAUUAUUUUAGGUCCCAAAGUAAGUCUUCGCACUCCCGUUGCAGUUUAUUGUGUGAAGUACCUUUUGGACCUGGUGCCACUGCUAAGCACCACAAGCCAUCGCACCAUCCAAAAUUAUUUGAUAUGGCGUUUGGUUCGUCAUCGCCUUAAUAAUUUAGAUUCCAGAUUUCUCGAAAUUAAACAGAGAUUUAAUUUCGUGUUAUUCGGAAGGGAAAAGCAGCCGCAAAGAUGGCAGUUUUGCGUUAGUCAAGUGAACACUCACAUGGGCAUGGCCAUUGGGUCGCUUUUUGUACAAAGAUACUUUGAUGAGUCCAGUAAAGACGACACAAUUAAAAUGACCCAGGAUUUAAUGGCAUCUUUCAAAGACAUAUUGAAAGACAGCACGUGGCUGGACCCUCAUACCAAAGAAUAUGCCCGAAUGAAAAUCGAUAAAAUGGACUUAAAAAUUGGAUUUCCUGAUUUUGCUUUAAAUAAAACUGAGCUUGCGGCAAGAUACUACGACGUGAACAUCCAAGAAGAGACGUUUUUCGAAAACGUCUUGAGCAUUUUAAGGCAUCUGAGUCGAGCUGAGCAAAAGAGGUUGGGAUCAGAAGUGAACAGAACCCUAUGGAGCACCUCACCGGCUGUAGUCAAUGCCUACUACAGUAGAAAUAAAAAUCAAAUUAUGUUUCCCGCCGGUAUUCUGCAGCCGCCCUUUUAUCAUAAGCAUUUUCCAAAAGCGUUAAAUUUCGGAGGUAUAGGGGUCGUGAUUGGGCAUGAAAUAACUCAUGGAUUUGACGAUAAAGGACGAUUAUUCGAUGCCCAAGGAAAUCUUAUGAUGUGGUGGAGGGAAACGUCAAUUAGGAAUUUUUAUGACAAAGCUCAAUGCAUGAUAGAUCAGUACAGCCAGUACAUGUUACCACAAAUAAAAGCUCCCAUCGACGGUUACAUGACCCAAGGUGAAAAUAUCGCAGACAAUGGUGGAAUAAAAGAGUCAUUCAGAGCAUACAAGACUUGGCUAAAAAACAACCCUAAAGCCGAUGAAACCCUGCCAGGUAUGAACUUAACGGGAAAACAGUUAUUCUUCCUGAAUUUCGCGCAAGUGUGGUGCGGACAACAGAAAGUCGAAGAAGCCAAGAACCGAAUGAAAACGUCGGUGCAUUCCCCCGGGAUUUUUCGUAUUAUUGGGGUGCUGAGCAACUCUAAGGAUUUUUCGAGGGAGUUCAAUUGCCCCAAGAAUAGCCCGAUGAACCCGGAUAAAAAGUGUACGAUAUGGUAGUUUCGCGUUUAAAAUUAAACCAUUUUUCGAGCAAUAAUUGAACUAAAAGACAUAGCGAAUUUAUUAUAUAAUAUUUAAUUUAUUAUAAGGUAUUUCAAAAUUAAGAAA